AUGCAUAUGUGGUUUUGGUUUGGAAACAAUUUAAAUAAUUUUCUUUUAUCAGGAUACAAUGUUGUUACAAUUACUAGUUUUCUAUGUACUUGCUUAGGUUUAUUUGCACUUGCAAUAUUGUAUGAAGGUAUGAAAGUUUUACAAAAUAAAUUACAGCAAAAUACUAUAAUGUUUAUUCAAAAACAAAACUCAAGAAUAUCUGAGAAUUCUUGUUUACUAUCAAAAAUUUCUUCAGAAUUAAUUGGAAGACAAAUUUCUUUACAAUGCAUACAAUGUUCUACAUGGAGUUUUCAAGUUUUUCAUUGGUUUGUACAUACAUUUCUUGGUUAUGUUCUAAUGUUAGCUGUUAUGACAUUUAAUGUAUAUAUCAAUAUUGCUAUUGUAUUUGGAAGAUGCCUUGGUUAUUGGAUAUUUAGCCCAAAACUUAUAGAAUUUAAUAUGAAACGACUUCAUGAAAAAGAAACAUUAUUAGACUGUGAUAAAGAAUGUGCAGAUAAUAUAAUACAUUGUCAAAGACAUGGAUCAACAACUUCUGCUAUUACAGAACAAUUAGUAACAGAAGCUACUGUUGAGAUUCAUAUGUCAAGAGAUGCUUGAAUCAAGCUAUUUUGAAGAAGAAACCAUCGAGGAACAAUAUUAGAAUAAUAUUCAAUAUUGACAGAACGGUAAAAUAUAUAUCGGGAACCUGUACGCGGGAUU